AUGUCGAGCCCACUUGUAGACGUCUGGGAGGCUGCUGCGUCCUCGCCCUUCAGUCCUGCCAUUGGAAAGAACACGCAGUUCACAGUCGGCUUCGUGCUGCUAGCCAUAUCCCUCGUCCUGACCACGCUCUUCGGCAUGAACCGAUCCCUCGUCAACCUCCCCGUUCUCGGUGUUCCGGCCUCAUUAGCAUUCGGCUUCGGUGCAGUCUACAUGAUUUGCGCAGUCGGCGUCUACGUCUAG